AUGGUGUGCGUGGAAAUUAGGCAAAUAGACAGAAUGGCGGCGUUGGAGCAAUGCGUGUUGGCAGCUGAAGAUCUUUGGAACAACAGAAUGCUUCGGAAAAACAUGCAUUGGUUUUUUAUUUUCGUCACGACUGUAGGGUCAUUUACAAAGGAGAUGCAAAUCCUUCCCGAUUCCUAUUUUAACAACAAGAAGAACAUUUUCAAUGUAUACUUUGUCAAGUAUGCCUGGGGCUGGACUUUCAUUUUGCUGCUGCCCUUUAUAUUAAUUUCCCACUAUUAUAUGAAACGAGACCGAAAGCUUGUCCUUCAGCGUUUAUGCUCACUUGUGGUUGGAACUACGAUCUGGUAUUUGUGCACUUCAUUGUUUUUCUAUAUUGAGGAUGUGACUGGGAAUUGUUAUGAAUCGGAAUCCAAGGAAAUUCUCAAAAGUGAACACGCCUCCAGGGUAGAAUGUAAAAAGCAUGGCCUGGUCUGGUUUGGAUAUGAUAUUUCUGGUCACUCCUUUCUACUGUCAUAUUCAGCAUUAAUUAUAUUGGAAGAGACAGCCAUCAUGUCUGAUCUGAAAAAAAUGAACCCUAAGCCAGUGGACUGGGCCAAAAGCCUUAUUAAUGUUUUUUACAUUGCACUCAAUGUUUUAGUUCUAAUUUGGGUUUGUAUGUUCUUUUUCACCUCUGUGUAUUUUCAUACCAUUUCACACAAAAUGUUUGGUACAGCUUUUGGAAUUCUAGCAUGGUAUGUGACUUAUCAACUGUGGUAUCAAGCACAGUUUUCACCAGGAAUUCCUCCUAAAAUUCAAAGAACUAAUCUGAAUUAACUUUCUAUUAACCAGAAAGGCACUCUAGGAUGUAUUCUAAUAUGAAGAAUAAUGUACACAAUUAUGAAGUCCAUAAGAAGUUUGAUUUUUUUUUUUUUUUUUUUGCAUACAUUUUCCCCAGAAACUUUAUGGGUCCAGCUCGGUGCUGUCCCAGUUGCACCAUGGAACUGUUUUCCUCAUGAACCUAACCUGGAUACGUUGGAUUUCAGAAUGUUAUAUUAUAUACAGUACACUAUGUUAUAAAUGAACAUCAGUUUUUAUUGUCUCAUUUAUUGGAAAUAUGAUCUAUGCAGUAUUAUUUCACUCAUUAUGCUAGUACAAAUGUUUGUGGACAGGUAUGUUUGCACUUUUUUUACAUCCACAUCUGCUAAGUGUUCAGAAGUCUGCUUCAUUUCCAGGCUUCUCUUUUAAUGCUUUGGUUUCACGUGUCUUGUCAUGAAUUUGCUCCUGGAAUGCAUAGAUGGCUAAACGUAACAGAUUUUAUACAAGUGUAAUAAUUUGCAUAUUAAGAAAGGAUGUAGCUUUUUAUCUUUUAGCCAUUAGGUCUACAUAUGUGUGCAUAUAAUGGAUAUGCUCUUAAAACCAGUCAUUUUGAGGAUGGGGCCUACAAA